AUGUACUAUAUAGGUAGUACGCCCGGUCUUUCAACUCUGUUGCAGGUCCCAAGAUGGCCGUCCCCUGGCCCCGGCCCAGCAAGCCAGCUUGCAAGCACAAAACUCAGGAACGUCACGGCCGUCGCGUGCAAGCAUCAGCCCUCGACCCUCCUGCACGCCCACGUUCUCUCCCUUGUGCUGCUUGAAGCAUCGCUCCGGACCGGUAGCGGUACGCGGUACCUGGGCUAUCCACCUCAUGCACACACCAGACUAGCCGCUUUCUGCCCUCGGCCCCCGCUAGCCCUGUCUCCCAUUGGUACCCUAGCGUCGCCGACGCCCGUCCGCAUGGUAGCCUUUGUCUAG